CAAAGCCAUCUUGGCUCUCAAGCACCUUGCUGCCUAUUGAUCACAACGACUCUGCGGAUCCAACAUGGCGCCUGUUUCCCCGAGAACACGAGUAACGUCUCCAUCAAAUCAGUCGGCUAAAAUCAUGGCGUCCGCCAGUACGGGGAGCAGGGUGUCCUGCGGGAGAGAUUUGAAUUGUGUGCCGGAGGUUGCAGACACGUUAGCCGCGGUCGCCAAGCUUGGGUUUGACUUCCUCUGCAUGCCCCUGUUCCACCCGAGGUUCAGGAGAGAUUUUGAGUUGGAGCCCGCUAAAUCCAGACCCGGUGCUCAGACCCGAUCAGACCUGCUGCUAUGUGGAAGAGAUUGGAAUACUCUUAUUGUUGGAAAGCUCUCUCCAUGGAUCGAUGCAGAUUCAGAAAUCGAGACAGAACGCAGAAACUCAGAGGCUGCUCUAGUACAGGAGCUAAAUUUCUCAGCCUACCUGGGUCUGCCGGUCUUUAUGGUCCCCUUAAAGGGCACUCAUAACGCUAAUCUCGCCCGCGUGCUGCUAAACCACAUCCAAACUGGACACCACACCUCGAAUUUUUGGAUUCGUGUCCCGCUGAUGGCUCCAGAGGACAUGCAGGAGGAUCUGAUUGAGAAUGAGCCGAAUUCCUGCAUUGAUGAUUCAAGCGUAGAUGAGAAGACCUGGAGCUGGUGGCACUCAUUUAGAACCCUUUGUGAUUACAACAAGAGGAUCUGUCUUGCCAUCGAGUUGGGAGCAGACAUGCCGUCAGAGGCUGUGAUCGAUAAGUGGCUCGGGGAACCAAUCAAAGCAGCAAUACUUCCUACCAGCAUCUUUCUUACCAAUAAGAAGGGCUUCCCUGUGCUCUCCAAAGCUCAUCAGCGAUUAAUCUACUCUCUCUUCAAGUUGGAGGCCCAGUUCAUUUUCACAGGAACCAGUCGGCACACUGAGAAGGACUUCAGAUCCUACCUGCAGUACCUGGAAUACCUCAACCAGAACCGGCCUGCACCCAACGCCUACGAGCUCUUCGCCAAGGGAUAUGAAGACUACCUGCAGUCUCCCCUCCAGCCACUCAUGGACAACUUGGAGUCUCAGACGUAUGAAGUGUUUGAAAAGGACCCUAUUAAAUAUUCCCAGUAUCAACAGGCUGUGUAUAAAUGUCUACUGGACAGAGUUCCAGAGGAACAGAAAGACACAAACGUUCAGGUGUUGAUGGUGUUGGGAGCAGGUCGGGGUCCUCUGGUCAAUGCAUCCCUGCGGGCUGCCAGAUUGGCAGGCAGGAAGCUGAAGGUGUAUGCUGUGGAGAAAAAUCCCAAUGCUGUAAUCACGCUGGAGAACUGGCGCUUUGAGGAGUGGGGUGAUCAGGUGACGGUGGUGUCAUGUGACAUGCGAGACUGGGCCGCUCCUGAGAAAGCGGACAUCAUCGUCAGCGAGCUGCUGGGAUCGUUUGGUGACAAUGAACUUUCCCCUGAAUGCUUAGAUGGAGCACAGCACUUCCUUAAAGAUGAUGGUGUGAGCAUCCCGUGUUCCUACACGUCUUUCCUGGCCCCCCUCUCCUCCUCCAAGCUUUACAAUGAAGUACGGGGAUGUCGGGAGCGUGACAAGGACCCGGAGUGUCAUUUUGAGACGCCAUACGUCGUUCGCCUCCACAACUUCCACCAGCUGGCUGACCCCAAACCAUGCUUCACCUUCAAACACCCCACAACAGACAUGAACAAUAACCGGUAUCAGUGCCUCAGGUUCUCAGUGGGAUGUAACUCGGUGCUUCAUGGUUUUGCUGGAUACUUUGAGACAACGCUGUACAAAGAUGUCACACUUAGUAUAAAGCCAGAGACACAUUCACCUGGAAUGUUUUCCUGGUUCCCUAUUCUCUUCCCCCUCAAGCAACCCAUCUCGAUAUCCCGGGAUGACGAUGUCACAGUGCGAUUCUGGCGCUGCAACAACGGGAAGAAGGUGUGGUACGAGUGGGCCGUGACCGAGCCGUCCUGCUCUGCCAUCCACAAUCCAGCAGGGCGCUCCUACACCAUCGGCCUGUGAAGUCGCCUCAGAUCCACAGGAGAGCACACGCGUUACUGUAAGACCUAACAGCAGUUGAGUUAAAGGUGGCUCUUUUUCUAUACCACGUUAAAAUCUGGACUUUUGAGCCAGCAGUGAAGAUGUUAAUGGGAUUUCACAGUGUGUGAUUUUGAGAAGUUUGUUCCAGCAAACAUGGACUUUCUUCUGUACACGAAGUGUAUUGUUGCUGUGAGAGAUGAGUUUAAACCCCACGCCAAUGUUUGUUUUUCAGUCUGUUUUCCCCUCCUGUUCUGAACUUGUUGUCUCCGAUGUCUCGCACUCAAUCCUACCAAACCUUUGCCUUAUCAAACACACAUUCCAUGUAAACACUGAUGAAAUGCCCCACCCCACGGCGUAAAGUGGGUCCGAGGAAAGUUAUGCAGUUCAGGUCCCAUACCAUGUUGUUAAAAGUCUGUCUGAAUACCUUUUGUUAUUCUGUUUCUGUAUGUUUGAACCAUGUCAAUAAAAACAACACUGUAAUGUUA